AUGAGUAGAAGGAACUCCACCAGUGUGCCUGGCUUCAUCCUCAUGGGGCUGAUGGGCUCUGCAGAGACACAGCUGGUCCUCUCCGUGCUGUUCCUCCUGAUUUACCUGAUCACGGUGCUGGGGAACUCGGGGAUGAUAUUGAUCAUUCGCCUGGAUCCCCAGCUGCACACCCCCAUGUACUUUUUCCUCACUCACCUGUCAUUUCUUGACCUCAGCUACUCAAAUGUCAUCACCCCUAAAACCUUACAGAACUUACUGACUUCUACCAAGAGCAUCUCCUUCCUAGGAUGCUUCACCCAGAUGUUCUUUUUUAUAGUUUUUGUUGCCACCAAAUGUUACCUUCUCGCCUCCAUGGCCUAUGAUCGCUACGUAGCUAUCUGCAACCCCCUCCACUAUCCAGUCAUUAUGUCCACAAGACUGUGCCAUACUCUGCUCAAUGGUUCCUAUCUGAUUUGUUUUACCGAAUCCACAGUGAUUACAGUUUAUAUAAGCAGCCUGGAUUUCUGCAAGUCUAAUGUCAUCCAGCACUUUUUCUGUGACUCAUCCCCCAUUUUAGCCCUGUCCUGCAGUGACACUUCUGAGGUUGAACUCAUUAUAUUCAUUACUGCUGGAUCCACUUUACUUCUGUCCCUCAUCACUGUAUCUGGAUCCUAUCUGUCCAUCCUCUCCACUAUCCUGAAAAUUAAUUCCACUGCUGGAAAGAAAAAAGCCUUCUCCACUUGUGCCUCCCAUCUCCUGGGAGUCACCAUCUUCUACAGCACUAUGAUCUUUACUUACCUAAAACCAAAGACGUCCUACUCCUUGGGCAGGGAUCAGGUGGCUUCUGUGUUUUACACGAUUGUGAUCCCCAUGCUGAACCCUCUCAUCUACAGUCUCAGAAACAAAGACGUGAAGAAUGCAAUCCUGAGAUUCCUGCAGAACAGAGAUGCUUCUAGACAAUUAAAAUAA